AUGAAUUCUGUAGCAUGUCGGCUGGAAUAUUUGCAAUGGAUUUCUGACUCUACAACCGGUGUCUGUGUCAAUGGAAACACACCUGCUCCUACUAAUGCCCCGACGCCUGCUCCUACUCCUGCACCCACGCCUGCCCCUAUAUCUGCUCCCAAUUCUGACUGCCCUGGAUGUGGACAAGUGAACCGUGCCAACCGCAUUGUUGGUGGAGUAGAGACGGAGGUGAACGAAUAUCCCUGGAUGGUUUCUCUUGUCAACGGCAAUGGAUACUAUCACUUCUGUGGCGGUUCUAUCAUCUCCAGCCAGUGGGUCGUCACUGCAGCUCACUGUGCAGCUGUAAUGAGCACCUCGGAUUAUGUUUUGGUGGGAGACCACAAUCUGUACUCAUCAAGUGAAGCCAAUUCUCAGUGGAUGCAGAUUGCUGAAAUUGUGAGUCAUCCGUCCUAUGAUUCAAGUACAUUGGACAAUGACAUUGCCCUCAUCAGACUCACCACAGAAAUACAGUUCCAAUCUGACAACAAAAUCGCCCCUGUGUGCCUUCCAACAGCUGGUGAAAGAGGAUCCACAUCCGGCACCUUGUUCGAAGUAACAGUGCCGACCAUGACAAACACAGAAUGCAAUAACAAGCAUGGAGGAAGCAUUACUGAUAACAUGAUCUGCGCAGGCAUUCCUGAGGGAGGCAAGGACUCCUGUCAGGGAGACUCUGGUGGACCAAUGGUGGUGGAAGAAAACGGCAAAUGGAAGCUGGUGGGAGUUGUGUCGUGGGGUUAUGGCUGUGCUCGACCUGAUAGACCUGGAGUCUAUGCCAGAGUUACACAAUAUUUGCAAUGGAUUUCUGACUCUACAACCGGUGUGUGUGUCGAUGGAAACACACCUGCUCCUACUAAUGCCCCGACGCCUGCUCCUACUCCUGCACCCACGCCUGCCCCUACAUCUGCUCCCAAUUCUGACUGCCCUGGAUGUGGACAAGUGAACCGUGCCAACCGCAUUGUUGGUGGAGUAGAGACGGAGGUGAACGAAUAUCCCUGGAUGGUUUCUCUUGUCAACGGCAAUGGAUACUAUCACUUCUGUGGCGGUUCUAUCAUCUCCAGCCAGUGGGUCGUCACUGCAGCUCACUGUGCAGCUGUAAUGAGCACCUCGGAUUAUGUGUUGGUGGGAGACCACAAUCUGUACUCGUCAAGUGAAGCCAAUUCUCAGUGGAUACAGAUUGCUGAAAUUGUGAGUCAUCCGUCCUAUGAUUCAAAUACAUUGGACAACGACAUUGCCCUCAUCAGACUCACCACAGAAAUACAGUUUCCAUCUGACAACAAAAUCGCCCCUGUGUGCCUUCCAACAGCUGGUGAAAUGUAUGAUAAUGUGGAUGCCACAAUCACAGGAUGGGGAGCUCAACAGGAGGGAGGAUCCGCAUCGGGCACCUUGUUCGAGGUAACAGUACCCACCAUGACUAACAUUGAAUGCAAUAGCAAGUAUGGUGGAAGUAUCACUGACAACAUGAUUUGCGCAGGCAUUUCUGAGGGAGGCAAGGACUCCUGCCAGGGAGACUCUGGUGGACCAAUGGUGGCGGAAGAAAACGGCAAGUGGAAGCUGGUGGGAGUUGUGUCGUGGAGUUAUGGCUGUGCUCGACCUGAUAGGCCUGGUGUCUAUGCCAGAGUUACACGCGAGUAA